AUGAAGCUGACUGUGAUUGGCUCCGCUUAUCAAACGACGAUAAAAUCAACAGAUAUAGAGCUGAGGUCCUGGAACCUGGUGCUGCGGGUGAUCCGCUACAUGACUCAGGGGCUGGACGUCUCCGCUCUCUUCAUGGAGAUGGUGAAGGCCAGCGCCACCGUGGAUGUCGUGCAGGAGAAGCUGGUCUAUUUGUACAUGUGCACGUACGCUGCUCUGAAGCCUAACCUGGCACUGCUGGCCAUCAACACACCGUGGAAGGACAGCACCGACCCCAACCCCAUGGUCAGGGGACUUGCCCUGAGGAGCAUGUGUAGUCUCAGAAUGAAAGACUUGGAUCACUGGGGUCAGAGUGAAGUGCUGACAUUCCUCGUUCGCUAUAAACCCCGAACUGAAGAUGAAGUGUUUGCUAUUCUGAAUGUGCUCGAUGGUUUUCUCAAGAGCAGCCAGCCCAAUGUUGUCAUGGCAACCACCAAACUUUUCCUCCUCCUUGCUGAAGAUUUUCACAACGUACAGACAGAUGUUCUAGAAAGGAUCAGAGGGCCAUUGUUGACUAUUUGCACCUCUGAGUGCCACGAGCUGUGUUUCCUCGGCCUGUGUCAUGCCCGGGAGAUCCUCCGCAGCUUACCCGGGCACUUCAGUGGUCACUACAAGAAAUUCUACUGCACAUACACUGAACCAAAUUACAUCAAUUCACGGACCUACAAUGAAAAGUGUGUGGUUAUUUUGAAGGAGCUGCUGGGCUUGAAGCAGGAACACAUUACCUCAGCCGUCAUUCAGACAUUUCGUGACCUGGUAUGGCUGUGUCCCCUGUGUACAGUGACUGUGUGUGAAGCACUACCAGGAUGUGAGGAAUACAUCAAAGAUGGUGAGGGGAAGCAGGCUCUAAUCUGGCUGCUUGGUGUGCACGGUGAGAUGGUGCCCAAUGCUCCUUAUGUAUUGGAGGAGUUUGUGGACAAUGUGAAAAUGGAGACCUCUGCAGCCGUGAAGCUGGAGUUGCUGACAGCGAUGGUGCGCCUGUUUGUGUCCCGGCCAGCUGAAUGUCAAGACAUCUUGGGCAGACUGCUGCAUCAUGUUAUUGGAGAAGAACUCGAUAUGGUUGUGCGUGAACGUGGGUUAUUGUACUAUCGGUUACUUCAGCAAGGUGUUGAAGAGGUCAAGAAAAUAGUUUGUGGGCCAAGAUCAGAUCCGUCCUUGGGUGUAAUCAGUGGCCAAGCCAAUGAGCCAAUCAAUGCCUGGGCAAAAGACUUCAACACAUUGAUACCAAUCUAUGGUCGGGAACACUGGAAUUGUAUAAUGGCACAGAAGGCAAACUCCUUUGGAGAUCAACAGAUGCCAGAUAUAACCUCCGAAAAAGGCUCAAACCCAGAACACAGUGAAGAGUUGGUCCUGGAUGCUGGAUCUGUCCGCUUGGAAAGCAGAGCCCAGCUUUCACCAGAGCGGUUUGAGGAGUACUGGACAUGCCUGGAAGAUGCUAAAGUUGUGACUGUGGACUGGCAGAAGGAGCCAUGCCCUGAUACCAUCCAGGCUGCCUUUCAGAUUGUUCAUAUUCUCCCUAUUGCAAUCAGCCGAGCAGGAGCACAGCCCUGGAAAGCCUACCUGUUUGCCCGAAAUGAGACUGGAUGUCUGUUUCUAACAGAACUGUUAAUUGACACUGGCAGAACGAGUUUACAAAUUACUGUUAAACAGAGGAACAGUAGUGAAGGGCUGCUCAGCAGCUUCAUUGCUGUCAUUAGAUCGGUGCAGACCCUGGGCAAAUCUGAAAAUGUUGAAGAUGUUUCACUGGCAACACAAGAGCAACACUCUCCUCGCUGAGAUGAAAGUCUUUUUGUUAUCCCAUUGCUGUCAUAAACUACAUUGGUGGAUAAAAAUAAAUUGUUUCUGUCAGCUGAUAUAACUGGAUCCUGUUCAGAUAGACUGCUCUGCUUAAUGUUUUAAUGAACGAUGUGGAAUUUCCAACAGUUUUACAUUUCCUCAGUACUAUACGGGGGUUCUGUGAUUUUCAGGGAACUUGAACCACUCAGUGUUUUUACUCAGAGCCAAGGCAGCUGGUGCAAGAUAACUAACAUUAGGGUUUACAUGGCACAUACAGGUACAGAUAUGAUUUGGUUCCUUGGAUAGUUUUGUAGCUGAAUGGGUGAACUCUGGCAAUGAGUGCUAUCCAGUUUUCACCUUGUGAUGUCCCUAAAUACUAUUAAACUCAUUCCUCACAGGCUGAUGGUUAGUUUUUCAUAAACAACAGAGAUUCCUCAGGUGCUUGAAAUCCAGAGCAGCAAAUGCAAAAUACUGGAGGAACUCAGCAGGUCAAGCAGCA